AUCAAGUUGGCAGCCAUCUGUUGUUUUUUUUUCCCAUCAACAUGAGCGCUGUGAACGAUCCCCUGGAAUUAUUGUCGAAUAAGGGCAACCGUACGCCCACUUUCCUCGGCCCACUAUGGAAUCCGGUGACCUGCGGUCUUGCCGGAGUGGGCGUGGCCAUUUUCGUCAACUGGGGCUUCCGUAGACCCGUGCUUUCCGGCAUCCAGAAGCACAUUGCCUUUGGCGCCAUCGGAGUCGGUGCCGGAACCUAUUUCGACCAGAAGAGGAACGAGUACCUGGCCAAAAGAGAUGCCGUCCUCAGGCACUACAUAGAGCUGCAUCCCGACGAUUUUCCCGUGACGGAACGCAAGAAGUACGGCGAUGUCCUGGAGAGCUGGGUACCAGUUCGUUAAAUGGCUUAUAAAUUUGUUGUAAAAGCGACCGAUGGAAGUAGUUAAUAAAACAGCUUUAAUUGUA